AUGAAGCUGUUAUUGAAGAAUUACGAGAUUGCUUCCGUGCUCCCUUCCUUGGUACUCGCUCUAGAAAUUGUCCUGUCCAAAUUCGUGGACAGCCACGUAAGGGAAUUCUUCCAGUCCCAUAUUGCACCGGAUCUCGCUAUCCUUCCACAUUUUGCUUACGUUCCACCGCCUCCCGUUCCCUACCCUGAUCCGCCUCCAAGUGACAUAAGGGGAAACCCUUAUGCCAGAAUAAUUUGUGAGGUAGCUGUGGCCCAAAGCUCCAAAAACUUGAACAUCAAGUGCAGGCGAUGGAAGCGGGAGGAGUACGUACAAGAUGUACUCGGUAUCAAACUUUACGAUGUAAAGACUACACGCAACAACCCACAAGGAAUGUUAGAUCGGGCAAUGAAGUUUUCAAUAUUAGGCUACGCUUUGGCGGUCAGGGGUCGCAAGGCGAAAGGUAAGGUUUACUUGUUGAAAGAACUUCCUACUGCCUGUGAUGCUCAAAGUGCAUUUUAUAUAACAGUGGAAAUUUGGAACCGUGCAAAAAGACGGGUCUCCUUUUGGCCCUAA